UAAUAAAUCUCGAACAUAUCGCGGGAAUUGGCAAAUCCGCAUGACGCGGGAAUUUUGUCCGGCUUUCAGGUAGAUCUGAGUGGGUAGCAGCCACCGGACCUUAAGUCGACAACAACCAUGGCCACGCAGUCUCGCGUGCUUCCGACCCUGCUGGCUGCGGCCUGCUGUGCCGCAGUCCUGCGCAGCUUCUGGGGCGCAAGCGAUGCAGAGCUGACCUUCGCGGCGCCCCAGCAGAGCGUCCACUUGGGCUGCAAGGCUUUGUCCAGCGGUGCCCUGGCCGCGGGCGAUGUGCCUGCCAUCGUGAGCACGGUUCCUGCUCGGCCCGGCGUGCCAGCCCACUUCAAGGUGACCCUGGAGACUCCUGAUGGCACCCAGUCCUUCGACUGCCCUGAGGACGUGUACGUGCUGGAUCAGGCUGAGGAGGAGGGCUUGGAGCUGCCUUACUCCUGCCGCGCUGGCUCCUGCUCCAGCUGCGCCGGCAAGGUGCUCUCGGGCAGCAUUGAUCAGAGCGACCAGGCCUUCUUGGACGAUGACCAGAUGGGCGAGGGCUUUUGCCUCACCUGCGUGACCUAUCCCACAUCCGACGUGACCAUCAAGACCCACUGCGAGUCUCGCGUGCUUCCGACCCUGCUGGCUGCGGCCUGCUGUGCCACAGUCCUGCGCAGCUUCUGGGGCGCAAGCGAUGCAGAGCUGACCUUCGUGGCGCCCCAGCAGAGCGUCCACUUGGGCUGCAAGGCUUUGUCCAGCGGUGCCCUGGCCGCGGGCGAUGUGCCUGCCAUCGUGAGCACGGUUCCUGCUCGGCCCGGCGUGCCAGCCCACUUCAAGGUGACCCUGGAGACUCCUGAUGGCACCCAGUCCUUCGACUGCCCUGAGGACGUGUACGUGCUGGAUCAGGCUGAGGAGGAGGGCUUGGAGCUGCCUUACUCCUGCCGCGCUGGCUCCUGCUCCAGCUGCGCCGGCAAGGUGCUCUCGGGCAACAUUGAUCAGAGCGACCAGGCCUUCUUGGACGAUGACCAGAUGGGCGAGGGCUUUUGCCUCACCUGCGUGACCUAUCCCACAUCCGACGUGACCAUCAAGACCCACUGCGAGUCGACAACAACCAUGGCCACGCAGUCUCGCGUGCUUCCGACCCUGCUGGCUGCGGCCUGCUGUGCCACAGUCCUGCGCAGCUUCUGGGGCGCAAGCGAUGCAGAGCUGACCUUCGCGGCGCCCCAGCAGAGCGUCCACUUGGGCUGCAAGGCUUUGUCCAGCGGUGCCCUGGCCGCGGGCGAUGUGCCUGCCAUUGUGAGCACGGUUCCUGCUCGGCCCGGCGUGCCAGCCCACUUCAAGGUGACCCUGGAGACUCCUGAUGGCACCCAGUCCUUCGACUGCCCUGAGGACGUGUACGUGCUGGAUCAGGCUGAGGAGGAGGGCUUGGAGCUGCCUUACUCCUGCCGCGCUGGCUCCUGCUCCAGCUGCGCCGGCAAGGUGCUCUCGGGCAGCAUUGAUCAGAGCGACCAGGCCUUCUUGGACGAUGACCAGAUGGGCGAGGGCUUUUGCCUCACCUGCGUGACCUAUCCCACAUCCGACGUGACCAUCAAGACCCACUGCGAGUCGACAACAACCAUGGCCACGCAGUCUCGCGUGCUUCCGACCCUGCUGGCUGCGGCCUGCUGUGCCACAGUCCUGCGCAGCUUCUGGGGCGCAAGCGAUGCAGAGCUGACCUUCGUGGCGCCCCAGCAGAGCGUCCACUUGGGCUGCAAGGCUUUGUCCAGCGGUGCCCUGGCCGCGGGCGAUGUGCCUGCCAUCGUGAGCACGGUUCCUGCUCGGCCCGGCGUGCCAGCCCACUUCAAGGUGACCCUGGAGACUCCUGAUGGCACCCAGUCCUUCGACUGCCCUGAGGACGUGUACGUGCUGGAUCAGGCUGAGGAGGAGGGCUUGGAGCUGCCUUACUCCUGCCGCGCUGGCUCCUGCUCCAGCUGCGCCGGCAAGGUGCUCUCGGGCAGCAUUGAUCAGAGCGACCAGGCCUUCUUGGACGAUGACCAGAUGGGCGAGGGCUUUUGCCUCACCUGCGUGACCUAUGCCACAUCCGACGUGACCAUCAAGACCCACUGCGAGGAUGAGCUGACUUUCAAGGCCUUAUGCGCCGUUUGGGACGUAGUGCCUUUUCCCCUGUCGGUGGAGACGGAUGAUGCUGGAGUGAUCCACGAGCUCUUCGGCGGUCACUCUUUUCGUGUGAGCGGAGCCCAAUUCUUGGCGUCCAGCGGGGUGGACACCGCUCGUGAAAAGUGCAGCAAUAUUGAGUAUACGACAAUCAUGGCCACCCAGUUUCGUGUGCUUCCGACCCUGCUGGCUGCGGCCUGCUGUGCCGCGGUCCUGCGCAGCUUCUGGGGCGCAAGCGAUGCAGAGCUGACCUUCGUGGCGCCCCAGCAGAGCGUCCACUUGGGCUGCAAGGCUUUGUCCAGCGGUGCCCUGGCCGCGGGCGAUGUGCCUGCCAUCGUGAGCACGGUUCCUGCUCGGCCCGGCGUGCCAGCCCACUUCAAGGUGACCCUGGAGACUCCUGAUGGCACCCAGUCCUUCGACUGCCCUGAGGACGUGUACGUGCUGGAUCAGGCUGAGGAGGAGGGCUUGGAGCUGCCUUACUCCUGCCGCGCUGGCUCCUGCUCCAGCUGCGCCGGCAAGGUGCUCUCGGGCAGCAUUGAUCAGAGCGACCAGGCCUUCUUGGAUGAUGACCAGAUGGGCGAGGGCUUUUGCCUCACCUGCGUGACCUAUGCCACAUCCGACGUGACCAUCAAGACCCACUGCGAGUCGACAACAAUCAUGGCCACCCAGUCUCGUGUGCUUCCGACCCUGCUGGCUGCGGCCUGCUGUGCCGCAGUCCUGCGCAGCUUCUGGGGCGCAAGCGAUACAGAGCUGACCUUCGUGGCGCCCCAGCAGAGCGUCCACUUGGGCUGCAAGGCUUUGUCCAGCGGUGCCCUGGCCGCGGGCGAUGUGCCUGCCAUCGUGAGCACGGUUCCUGCUCGGCCCGGCGUGCCAGCCCACUUCAAGGUGACCCUGGAGACUCCUGAUGGCACCCAGUCCUUCGACUGCCCUGAGGACGUGUACGUGCUGGAUCAGGCUGAGGAGGAGGGCUUGGAGCUGCCUUACUCCUGCCGCGCUGGCUCCUGCUCCAGCUGCGCCGGCAAGGUGCUCUCGGGCAGCAUUGAUCAGAGCGACCAGGCCUUCUUGGAUGAUGACCAGAUGGGCGAGGGCUUUUGCCUCACUUGCGUGACCUAUGCCACAUCCGACGUGACCAUCAAGACCCACUGCGAGUCGACAACAAUCAUGGCCACCCAGUCUCGUGUGCUUCCGACCCUGCUGGCUGCGGCCUGCUGUGCCGCAGUCCUGCGCAGCUUCUGGGGCGCAAGCGAUACAGAGCUGACCUUCGUGGCGCCCCAGCAGAGCGUCCACUUGGGCUGCAAGGCUUUGUCCAGCGGUGCCCUGGCCGCGGGCGAUGUGCCUGCCAUCGUGAGCACGGUUCCUGCUCGGCCCGGCGUGCCAGCCCACUUCAAGGUGACCCUGGAGACUCCUGAUGGCACCCAGUCCUUCGACUGCCCUGAGGACGUGUACGUGCUGGAUCAGGCUGAGGAGGAGGGCUUGGAGCUGCCUUACUCCUGCCGCGCUGGCUCCUGCUCCAGCUGCGCCGGCAAGGUGCUCUCGGGCAGCAUUGAUCAGAGCGACCAGGCCUUCUUGGAUGAUGACCAGAUGGGCGAGGGCUUUUGCCUCACUUGCGUGACCUAUGCCACAUCCGACGUGACCAUCAAGACCCACUGCGAGUCGACAACAAUCAUGGCCACCCAGUCUCGUGUGCUUCCAACCCUGCUGGCUGCGGCCUGCUGUGCCGCAGUCCUGCGCAGCUUCUGGGGCGCAAGCGAUGCAGAGCUGACCUUCUUGGCGCCCCAGCAGAGUGUCCACUUGGGCUGCAAGGCUUUGUCCAGCGGUGCCCUGGCCGCGGGCGAUGUGCCUGCCAUCGUGAGCACGGUUCCUGCUCGGCCCGGCGUGCCAGCCCACUUCAAGGUGACCCUGGAGACUCCUGAUGGCACCCAGUCCUUCGACUGCCCUGAGGACGUGUACGUGCUGGAUCAGGCUGAGGAGGAGGGCUUGGAGCUGCCUUACUCCUGCCGCGCUGGCUCCUGCUCCAGCUGCGCCGGCAAGGUGCUCUCGGGCAGCAUUGAUCAGAGCGACCAGGCCUUCUUGGAUGAUGACCAGAUGGGCGAGGGCUUUUGCCUCACCUGCGUGACCUAUGCCACAUCCGACGUGACCAUCAAGACCCACUGCGAGGACGAGCUUUUCCUGCGCAGCUUCUGGGGCGCAAGCGAUGCAGAGCUAACCUUCGUGGCGCCCCAGCAGAGCGUCCACUUGGGCUGCCAGGCUUUGUCCAGCGGUACCCUGGCCGCGGGCGAUGUGCCUGCCAUCGUGAGUACGGUUCCUGCUCGGCCCGGCGUGCCAGCCCACUUCAAGGUGACCCUGGAGACUCCUGAUGGCACCCAGUCCUUCGACUGCCCUGAGGACGUGUACGUGCUGGAUCAGGCUGAGGAGGAGGGCUUGGAGCUGCCUUACUCCUGCCGCGCUGGCUCCUGCUCCAGCUGCGCCGGCAAGGUGCUCUCGGGCAGCAUUGAUCAGAGCGACCAGGCCUUCUUGGAUGAUGACCAGAUGGGCGAGGGCUUUUGCCUCACCUGCGUGACCUAUGCCACAUCCGACGUGACCAUCAAGACCCACUGCGAGGACGAGCUGU